AGAAGACUGCAGUCAUGAACACAUCCGUGAACAGUGGACCAGUUUCAUAAUGUGACUGAGGUUGUAAAGAUGCUAACCACCUGCUGACAGGCUCCACUGCAGUUCACAGCUACAUUAAACCGAAGGAGGAAGGAAUGGCGCCCUUAGUUGGCGUUGAGUUGAUCCAGACACCUGUGCAGCUUUAUCGAUAUCUCCUCAGAUGCUGCAGGCAGUUACCAACCGCAGCAAUGCAGCAGCAUUAUCGACAUGCCAUAAGACAGAGUUACAACAGUCACUCAGACGAAGACAACCCAGAGAGGGUACAAAUGAUGAUCCAAAGAGCUAUUGCAGAUGCAGACUGGAUUCUAAAUAAAUAUGCCAAGAAGAAGUGAGGUUCAUGAAGAGUGAAUAUGUCUUGAGGGCCGUGUUGUGCAGUGCUGCACCUGGCAUGACUCUUAGAGGUAGACAUACUGUUUCUGUGUUAUUUGUUGUCUUUGUUGCUGGGAUGUGAAUCCUGUGGGUGAACAGCCAUGAUGAAACAACAUCUGAUGAAAGACGAUCUGGAGGAAUAUGGUCUGUAGGACUAUACUGUAUGAAAAUGACUACUCAAUUCACUGCACUGUUAAAAUGUGUAAAUACUGUUUGAACUGAAAUUAGCUGACGUGUAUUUUUCUUUUUCAAUAAAUGAAUAAUAAAU